AUGAGCUUACUACCAGAGAAACCGGUCUGGAUGAGCCAGGAACAAUAUGACAAACAAUACGGAACAGUUAUAGACAGUUUGAAGAAGAAGCCAGUCGCCAAGCCCUUACCAGAACAGCCAACAGAUGAGGCGGCUAGCGACAACGUUGCCAUCAAGGAUAAAGACAGCGAAGACCCCAAGGAUAGCACAGAGAUUGAAAAACCAGUGUACAAGCUUCAGAAGCGGAAGCGGCAAAGAUACGAUAUCGACGAAAGGCGUAAAAAGAACCAAUUGAACCGCAUGCGAGACGACCAGAUCAAGCGCCAUGAAAUUGAUAUGACUGCGAACAAAGUGGUCAACGUGGAUCAAAUCAUCCGCAAACAUUACAAUGAGCGUACGUUUGUGGCCAAGCGCAGGCGGAGACACUUGUCUCCGAUUAUUAAGCUCAGAAAUUUCAACAACGCCAUAAAGUACAUGCUUAUCGACAAAUUCUGCUUCCCUGGGAAUGUAGUUCUUGAGAUGGGUUGCGGUAAAGGUGGCGAUCUGAGAAAGUAUGGUGCGGCUGGAAUUUCGCAGUUUAUCGGGAUCGAUAUUUCGAAUGCUUCUAUAGUGGAGGCUCAGAAACGAUUUUCGUCUAUGGGUAAUUUAGACUAUCAAGUGAUCUUGGUGACUGGUGAUUGUUUUGGAGAGUCUCUUGGGGUCGCUGUAGAGCCCUUUCCUGAGUGUAGAUUUCCAUGCGAUCUCGUAUCCGCACAGUUUUGUUUGCAUUACGCCUUUGAAUCAGAGGAGAAAGCAAGACGCACACUACUAAAUGUGACAAAAUCGCUUAAAAUCGGUGGUUACUUCAUUGGAACUAUACCAGAUUCCGAGUUCAUUCGCUACAAACUCAAUAAGUUUUCGAAAGAUGUGGAAAAGCCCUCCUGGGGUAAUUCUAUCUACAAAGUGACUUUCGAAAACAAUGACUAUCAAGUGAAUAACUACGAAUUCUCUCCGCCAUUUGGCCAAAUGUAUACCUAUUGGCUCGAAGAUGCCAUUGACAACGUACCCGAGUACGUCAUUCCCUUUGAAUCGCUCAGAAGUUUGGCAGAUGAAUAUGGACUUGAACUCGAGCUGCAAAUGCCUUUCAACACAUUCUUCGUGCAAGAGAUCCCCAAGUGGAUUGACAAGUUUUCACCUCGGAUGCAGGAAGGACUCCAACGCAGUGACGGCAAGUUUGGAGUAGAGGGUGAUGAAAAAGAGGCCGCCUCGUACUUUUACACUGUAUUUGCAUUCAAAAAAGUCAAAUAA